CUUUACAGUGGAUUCUGAAAUUGUGAAGAGCUAUGAUGCUGGAUACGUCCACAAUCCCCUCUAAAUGUAUUUUAUACUUAUAUGUUAUAAUAUGAAACGCAGUUAAUAGCGCAAGUGGACAGUGACCGUGUUAUUAAUUUCCUUAGUGACGUAGCUACAGUUCCAAGCGGACAGUCUACUUGUACAUCUUGCAGUAAAGCCGUGAUUAAUUAUUGGCUAAAAUAUAACCAACGUAUACGUACAUCCCUGGUUGGUUCAUACGAUUUUUAAAAUAAAACUAAUAUUUUACGUUUAACGUCUAAUGAUUCUACAAACUGGUGCGUAGUGUUUCACAGCAUUCUUGCUUUCAUACUGGGAUAUUUCUACUGACCACCACGCAAAAUAACCUUGCGCGUGCGCGAUCCGCCAUUGUGUAUUUUGGCGCGCGCAUCAACGCAGCCAGGAGGGGAGAGAGAAGCGCGCGGCGCUGAGGGGGAAGCUGCGACGAAGCAGGUCAUAGAGAUAGAAAAUCGUGCGGGGGCGAAGCGAAGGUUCUGCGCUUCUGAGUGGCCAGUGGAAGGAGACCGACGCACCGUUUUCACCUUUCGAUCACCGUAGCCUUUACCUACCGCCUGGAACGAACCAUCGGCUAGUGAGUGUGGGUUAUCCCUCCGUCCACCAGAGGGCGCCUCUCCAAAUAGUUUAGCGGAGCAUUCGCAGCCAUGGGAAAGAAGAGCCAGCCUCGCGCCGACAACGACAAGUCGUCAUCAGAAGAGGAGGAGUACGUGGUGGAGAAGGUGCUGGACAGGAGGAUGGUCAAGGGCCGGGUGGAGUACUUCCUCAAGUGGAAGGGCUUUUCAGAUAAGCACAACACCUGGGAGCCGGAGAAGAACCUGGACUGCCCCGAGCUCAUCGCAGAGUUCAUGAAGACCUACAAGAAGGGCAGCAGCCCCCCCACCGGCGCCCGCCCCCCCAGCUCCACCGCCACAGGGGGGCGCUCCAAGGACGCCACCAGCGCCAAGAGGAAAAACUCCACCGAGGAAGAGGACGAUGAAGAGGAAGGAGGCAGCAAGGCCAAGAGGAAGAAGGAGGACGACAUCUUAAUCGCACGGGGCUUUGAGAGAGGACUCGAGCCGGAGAAGAUCAUUGGGGCUACGGACUCCUGCGGUGACCUCAUGUUUCUCAUGAAAUGGAAGGACUCUGACGAGGCGGACCUGGUGCUGGCGAAGGAGGCCAAUCAGAAGUGUCCGCAGAUCGUCAUCGCCUUCUACGAGGAGCGCCUCACCUGGCACGAAGACGGAGAGAAGAAGGAGAAGGGCACCGUGAGCGUGUGAGCGGCGGAGCGCUGCGAAGGGCGGGGCCAGGGCAGGGUGGGCGGGGCCGGGCCGGGGCAGGCGGAGCCGGGGCGGGGCACAGGGAAGAAGGGGAGGGGCUGGCGGCCCGUUGAAAUGUCCCCGCCCUGCCGGCUCAACUUGGAGAACGGACCCUUGCGAAAACUUCACUUCCUGCUUCCUGUCCCUUUCUGAAAACGCAUACCAACCAACCAGCUGUGGAAGGCACCGCCUACUUCACGACACCCCCCUCCAUGCCCCGCCCCUCAGUACCCCCCCCCCCCCCUCCCCAGUCCUGCCCCGCCCCACCACUGCCCACCCUUGUACAGCCAAAUCUCAGAAGUCACCUUCCUGGGCCCACUUUUAAUAAGAAACUGAAACAAAAUGGAAGAGGAGGAGGAGAGACUGGGGGGUUGGACUCAGUGGAGGGGGUGGAGUGAGACGGACGUUACUUAUGGUUUUUUUUUUUUAAUUCUGUUUUGUCUUCUGUGCUUUUGUGGUAAACACAUGAGUAGCACUAGGUUUUUAAAGUGCUUCGGUUUUUAUGUUCAACUAUUUCCUGAGUGUGCGCGGGUGUAGAGACCCCUCCCCAGGGUGAUUUACACCCGUUCUGUCAGCCAGCCAGUCAAUCAAUCAUGCAGAAAGGGAUUGGAGAGCUGUUCUGAUUGGGCGGAUUGGGUUUGUCCCUGUAGAGGAAAGUUUCAUUUGGCUAGGAAAAAGAAAAGAUUGAUUUUGGUGAGGAUCACAGCUGCAAGCCUAAAAAUGAUCAUGCAGAACUUUUUUUAAUGCAUGCCGGUUUAUUGUACGCCUGUUGUUUUUAUUUUCAUUUUUUAUUAUUGUGAUUUGAUUUAUCGAAAAACGGCGACGAGCGAAGUGUUCGUUUCCCCUUCUUUCGGGACGCCGCAGGCGGGCCCGCGCACGUGAGGGUCGGGUGGGGUCUCGCCCCGCACAGGUGUGCGGGAGCCGAAGCAGCCGCACGUCCUGCGGUCGUAACAAGCGUGGGCGUUCUCUCACGGCGAAGUCCUCCGGUAGAACGCACGAAUGUUCCCCUAACGGUGAUUUAAAUAAAGUCUGUUUUUCUGUGUUACAGUACGGAUAGCGACACGCCGCGCGAGUCCCAGGCACUUCUGUUACUCUCCCAAAAUGGCCGCCGCGUUUGGUCUCACGCGACUCUCCUCCGCCUUCGGGGGGCGCUUUCUCUUUCCGAAACCGAGUCACGUCGCAACGAGUGAAUCAGGGUACACCUUUUAUAAGAACGAGUCUUUUAUUUAGUCUUUAAUUUGUUUUUAUUUUUUUAAAAAUCUCCUCGAAGGAUGCCGCCUUAAUCAGUAACACCACCCCCCCACCCCCACCCCCACCCCCACCCCACUCCUUUGCAAAGCUAUGGUAUUACACCUUCACCCUUCCCAACACCGCUCGGCUCCACCCUCACCCCCACACUCUGGUCGUUAUUGACAGCUCAACUGUUUGUUUUUUAAAAAUAGCAAUGUCAGUUAUGAACCUCGGUUUAAAAAAAAAAAAAAAAAAACAACAAAAAAAACCCUGCAGUUCACGAGCAUGUCAGGCACCCUCAAUGCACUGGUCUCUGUAUGUUCUGGUUUAGGAUACACUGUAUUUGGCCUGACUGCGAAGAGCAGGGUAGAGCAGUACUUUUUCAUUUUUAUUUUAUUUUUAUUUUUUAUACACCCUUAAUUUAACAUUUUUCUAAAGCAGAACGACACUUUACCCGCAGGGGUGUUCGGUCUUCCAGAAAAGGUAGAUCUCCUCCAAGCCCGACUGAGAAUCUCUCGUUUCAGCACAGACCUGCCCACCGCCCAAAAGUGUGCAUUUCUAGGUCCGAACGCACCGGUACUGCGCCCUAAGAACCGGAUGGGAACGGAGAGAGAUCGAAUGGGUUGUCCAUGCCCAAAAUGGUGUUCGCUAAAUAGAAGAUUGCAUACCUGUCGAGGGUGGUUGCUGUGGUAUCUGAGGAAGACUGCGCAGACAUUCCAACUGGUGCGGUCUUUGGACGCAUUCACCCGUUCGAACAAUUUGUGCAGGACAAGGGAAGCGUAGCUAGAAGCCUUAGCCACGCUGCGCUGACCAAUUACAGACGAGAGCCGGGAGGUGAAAGCCUAAUGCCUUGCUGUUUGGUUGCAUAUAACUACAACAGCAUUUUCAUUAUUGGAGCCGUCUACAGUUUACACAGCUCCCAGGUUUGCACCUACACUGCACUUAUCUAGCUCAACCCUCUACACGGUGUGCUCUGAAUUCUCGUUAACAGCUGAGACGAUUUUCAGAUUUUUGAUUGGAUCAUAAUUGGUACCCUCUUGCUCGGUUCCAUCAGCUGUUACCCAUAUGGGUUGUGAAAAUUAUGUACACUACGACGAUUUCACGUCGUAGGAAACGAACUUCCCAAAUAGUGGACAUCAGCAAAUAAAAGUUGUCCAUUUUAAAUAUGUGCGUGGAUAUAUAAUCUAUUUUAUUUCGUUUUUUUACCUCUUAAAGAAAAUAAAAGAUGGCUUAGACUUUUUUUUAUCCCCCGAAACUGAUACAAGUAAAAAAGUAUUUAUCGUGAGCAGACUCUGCUGUUUGUGUGAUUUUCAUGUUGUGUUUCUUAGUCCCGACCCUAGGUGUUUCCCUGGUGUGGGCAGGUCUGUGUACUCCAGCCCAUCGGAAUGGUUACCGGGGAAACUGCGGCCGGCUCUGCUGGGCCGUGGGCGGGGCAAAGCAGGGAAAGGUAAAUGUUCGUAAACGUUCUUUAUUUGGAGGUGGGGUAACUGAGUGUAUGCAUCGUGCCACACAUCCUCCAACCACCCACCAUUAUGACUGCCCCCCCCCCCCCCCAGAUCUCAUUCCCUCACUCUCCCUCUCUGUCUCUCUCUCUCUCUCUCCAUGGCACAAACACAGGGUUUUAGAAAUUUACCAGUGGCUGCCUGUAAAAAACCAGGUAUCUGCGCAUUGGUGACCCCCAACUGUAAAUCUUUACUGUAAAUCUUUUAUUUUAUUUUAUUUUAUUUUCUUGGGUAGUACACCCCUCUCGCACCUCCCACCCCCCUCAACACCUCUAAUAAACAAUUAUUCUUUUUCUAAAACUUUUAUUCAAUAUGCGUGUUUUCCAGAUGUGCUGCGAUAAAGUGUAUGUCACCAUAUUGUUGGGAGAGCGCUCUGCGCUUUCGAUUUUGUAUGUCUUGUAAGAAAUUGUAGUAAACCUAGUUUUGAACAUUCUGAA